AUGGAGCAGUGUUUGGAAGAGAUUUCGUCGACGGUUUUGGACGCAGGUGAGCCCAUUUCGUACCGUACGCUUAGUAGCCGGUCCCAAGUGCCUGUUUCCGUUAGUGUUGAAGCUCUUUCCCGCUUCUCUGCCGAGAACAGUAGUGUCAAAGCGUUGCAAUUGCUGGUCAAGCGAGUCAACGCUGACAACGACGACAAGAGUGAGACUGCAGCCGCUAAGCGUGAUCCGAGGUCUCGUGUGUUGUGUUUAUCAGUGGGAAGUAAGAAACAAAAGGACGAAGUGCUGUGUCAGCAGGUUUACGCGCUCUAUAACAAGCCAAAAGCCACUUUAGAGGAUGAAGAUGAAGUUGCGGCCGUAACAACUGCAUGCUGGGCGCAGGAACGUCAUGAGCGCAAUCAAGUGCUGGAUAAAUUGAGUAAGCAUGCACCUUUUUCUACAGCUGUGAAGGCGCUAUAUUCAAGUGGUAUCAAGUGUGAUGAGGCUACAGCACGUCAAGAUUUUGGGGAGGAGCAGGGCGAGGAAACUGUCUCAGUCUUUGAUGCCGUUAACGCAUUGGCUAAGAAGGAAACUUCAUCUCCCAGUUCAACGGCAUCGUUUUUCAAGAGUAGCAAUCAAACAGGAUUUUCUAAGGUGAGCAGCUCAAACAGGAAUGGAGAUAACAAGGUGAUAGGUAGCAGGAAAGAGGAGACCACAAAACUUAAUAUGAGCAAUGUGCUGACAGUUGACAGUGACGACGACGACGACGAGACAGAUACCCCAGUGUUUGUCAAGACCACGACAAACAAGAGAAUAAUCAGUGAUGAUGACGAUGAAGAGGACGAGGCGAUACCUCCGAAGGAGACAGGAACACCUGUUCCUAAGAGUCGCAACGUAAAGCGAAAGCUGAACGCGUCGUCGGCUGAAAUCAAGAGUGUAAAACAGGUUGAGGUAUUGGACGAGGAGGUUCGUUUGAACAAGAAACAGCGCGCGGAGGCGGACGAAGAGAUUGACGACGAUUCUGUGGAGGAAUCUGUGCUUGACACUAAGCGGCGCGUUCUUGUCACCAAGACGCGCAUCAACGAGCAAGGAUACAUGGUCACGGAGAAGACGUACGAGGAAGUAGAGUUGACGACCGAGGAGAUUGAAAAAGAACAGAAGGCUGCCAAGAAGAGAGUGGAGAAGGAGAAAAAGAAAGCGGUUGCUGAGAAGGCUACGAAGGCAAAGAAAGAGGCUAAGAAGCAAAGCGGUCCACCUAAACAGCGUGAUCUGCGCUCUUUCUUCUCGACCAAAUGA